AUGCAAACUUUUGUGGUGUUACUAACAUUGUUGUCUGUUUGUCGAAGCUUAGAUCCGUGUCUAAAUCACCAAGUGAUAGACGAUCCCUAUCGGAGUACAGGCUACCAAAUUCAACCGGGUGAUUCGCCAAUCUGCGACGAAAAGCUUAAAGUUGGUUGGUACAAAUUCAUAAACGAGGUUGGAGGAAAUCUUCCUGAACAUAUAGUAAAUCCACAUCAUUGCGGCACUGUUGCUCCGAUAUGGAUGCGUGGUGUACAUCCAUCGGUAGCAGACAACGUUGUGGAUCGCUUCGCAUGCGUAAACUUCAACGGACUUUUCCAAGGUUGCCUAACAGCUAUUCCAAUUAAAGUCAAAAAUUGCUCCGAUUACUACGUGUAUCAUCUACGUCCGCCUCAUGGAUGCGCUAUGGGCUACUGUGCCGGAACAAGGGUUCCAUGUCCUAGAGGUCAGUUGGGCUUGUUUCCAGACUGUAGAGUUUCGCAAAAAAUAGAUUUCCCAUUUGCUCUAGUUCCGGUUCCAUCUAUUGCAUACGUUGACGACGAAGAGGAGAUGGUGACACUUACUUGUACGUUUAAUUUUCCAUCGUGGACAAAUGCAUCAUUCGAAAUACAAUGGUUUGUUAAUGGAAAUAGUUCCACGCCAUCCAGAAUCUGUGAUGAGCCUGGCAACUCGUGCAAUACAAGAAGUGCCAGUACAUCCAACUUCCGUCCUGGAGAUCAAGUUCGAUGUGAAAUCCGAGCAAGAUACAACACCCAUCAAGAAAAUAAUUGGACACUGCCUGUAUCAAGUAAUUCAUUUUUUGCAGGAAUCGAGGUAUGGCCUCGCCAACUGAACAUAGAAGAGUGUAGGGUACAAACAACUUAUACCCUUCAACUUCGACCAACUGUUCCAAUCCGUUCCGGUGCCUUCUAUUUGCCUGGAACCGAAGACAGCAUUAAAGUUACAUUUGGGUCUGCUGUCCCAGGAGAUUAUCUUGUGUCUGCAUGUUUCUUUAGAUUGUACCAUAGCGACGUUGGGAAAUGGAAAAACAUUACGGUACAAGUAAAGUGCGAUGAUAGAGAUCAACCAGCUCAGGAGGCUACCUUUACAUUUUCAGUUACAGACACGAAUUUGUUUUGGCUGAACUACAAUCUUCCACCAGUUGUGUUGAGAAAGAAAGAGAAUCCUGUUAACCUGUGCCGAACUACGGGUGAUCCACACUACUUGACAUUCGAUACAAGGUUUGCUUUUAGAACUGGAGACUUUGUUUUAUAUCGCAACUUGGAUCGAUAUUUUGAAGUACAAACUCGCCUGUGGAAUUGUUGGGACAGAGCAUGCGACUGUGGUGUGGCCAUAAGGGAACACAAUGAUGUUAUUGUCCUUGACACUUGUACCGCGGAUUUACAUCUGCGGUAUGGAAUGCCAAUGAAAAUACGAAUUCCUAGCAAACGCCGGUUACGAAAGGGAACAGAAAUACUUGUGCGGCAUCCAGGUGGUUAUAGCGAGUACGAGGUGAGACUUCCCUCUGGGACUAGAGUUAAAAUACAGCGCUAUAGCUGGGGAAAUAGCGUAUAUCUGUACGCCCCUAGGUCUGACUUUUCUAAAACCGAAGGUAUGUGCGGAAAUUUUAACGGUGAUCCCAACGAUGACUUUCUCGGUGGGGACAAUCAAAGUCAUACAGAUCAAGAAGCUUUUGGACUAAGCUGGAGAGUCAACAAGUCGGAGAGUCUCUUCCACAUUGUGCCGAUGUGCAAUGAUGCACAAUGUGACGGUUCCAUCUUCGAUCAGGAAUUCUGCACAUGCACUGAAACAAGUGGAGUAAUGGAUGUUCGGUGCAGUCAAAGCGUCUCACAGCCUACAGAAACAAAUCAAAAUCCUCCCUUUAAACCUGCACCCCAAGGAAACCUUAAUGAUAACGAAGGAAAGAGAGAUGUUGAGUAUAGUGAUGACGUCAUUUACCGUUAUGACAACAUCGAAACUCCUAUCUCAUUCAAUUCGCCGCGUAAAAAACGUGAAGUGAACUUCAAAAUGUCCUUGGAAAAUACAACGGACUACUGUGAGAAAACUUUGUUAAACAUUGAUGCUGUCCGUGUUUGUAUAGAACUUCCAAACGUAAACAUUAGUGGCAUCAUCCGCCAAUGUGCUUUAGAUCUGCAGGCAACAGGGGACGUCUUCUGGGUUGAGAGCGCUUUCGAGGCGCUAAAAUCGAGCUGCCAAUUUGAGGUAGUGAAAAACUACUCCGCUUACGAGAAAGAUGAGGAAGGAAAUCUUGUGCCUCCUACAAAAAUAACGGAGAAGCUAUGCCCCAAUGACUGCAGCUUCCAAGGGAACUGUUCAAAUGGUACUUGCGUUUGUAAUGAAGGUUUCGUUGCAGCUGAUUGUUCGAUGAGAUACGAUGAAAUUCCGCGGUUGUUCAGGGCAUUGGAUGAAGGACUCUGCGAUAUCCGUGCAAGGCCCUGCAAGAGAACCAUUGUUUUUGGCGACUAUUUUUUAAGUUCAGAAAAUUUGACAUGUCAUGUCAGAGAGUCCAAGGUCGUACCAAGCACCUGGAUACCGAUGAACGUGUCACAAAAGUUUAAUGGAAGUAAAACAGACUUGUUUGCCGUUGAAUGCAAUCUCCCAAUCCCUCCUAUUAAUCUUGGCAAUUAUCAAGUCGAAGGUACACCGGCAGCUAGGUAUUUCAUAUCAGUAUCCAACGAUGGAAGUCACGAGAGCGAGCCUGUUCAAAUGAUAACAUUCGACCCAGUGUGUCAAGUGUGUAACGUUUCAAAUGGCUGUUCUCUUAAGGAUGACUCAUGUCUUAUUAAAGGCCACUGUUUCGCUGAAGGUGAUCCAAAUCCAGACGAUUGGUGUCGGCAAUGUAUUCCGUCUAAAAGUCAGCAUAAGUGGACGCAACGAUGCGUAAAUCUUCCUCCAAACGUCACUACCCCAUCUGUGAGAUAUGCCCUCAUUGGAGAAGAUCUUCGGCUACAGUUAGAAGGAGAAGACCCUGAGAAAAGACCAUUUGUGGUGAAAAUGAUCGGUGGAAGUCCUUCCUUAGCGUCAUUCAGCGACAGCAACGUUCUUCACUGGACGCCCGAGAGUCUUAAUUCAACGAAAUUCUUUUUCAAAGCUACUGACGAGUGUAACGCUUCAUCCACUUUCAACAUGACUAUAGAGAUAUUGACAUGCCCUUGUACCGACAAAGGGACCUGCGUGCCCGAUCCUAAUCACCCCAGAGGAUCAGGCAUGUACUACUGUGAGUGUCAACCUGGCUACGAAGGACAAACCUGUGAAAAGGAGAUCGACGAGUGUUUACAAUCUCCAUGCCUUCAUGGUACAUGCAUCGAUGCCGUGAACAAUUAUUCCUGCCAAUGCCUGUCUGGUUACACUGGUUUUAACUGCACCAUAGACAUCGACGAGUGCCAGUCUUCUCCAUGCGUUCAUGGUACAUGUGUAGACAAAAUUAACGGUUUUACCUGUAUCUGCCCAACCGGUUUUAGUGGUGUAAGAUGUGAUUCCAACAUAGAUGAUUGUCUUGCAACUCCUUGUGUAAAUGGUACCUGUAUUGACCUGGUGAAUAACUACACGUGCAACUGCUUCGCUGGCUUUACCGGUUCGAACUGUGAUAUUAAGAUAAAGAACUGUGCCGAUGAUUCCUGUUACCCGAAUGUGACUUGCUUCAAAAACAGUGAAAUUAUUAGUUGUGGUCCAUGUCCCUUGGGGUUCACUGGAGAUGGAAAGAAUUGCAAAGACAUCGACGACUGUAUGAAUCACACAUGCACCGUCAGUGCUUCCUGUGUUGAUGGUGUGAAUAACUACUCGUGUGUGUGCUUGGUUGGUUUCACUGGAGAUCACUGUGAGACGAACAUCGACGAGUGCAUCAACCACACAUGCGCUAAUGGUGCGUCGUGUGUAGACCUUGUCAAUAACUUCUCGUGCAGCUGUAUGGCAGGGUUUUCAGGAGAUUUAUGUGAGACUGAUGUCGAUGACUGCGCUAACCACUCCUGUGCUAAUGGUGCGACGUGUGUAGAUGUUACCAAUGAUUUCUCCUGCCGCUGCAUACCUGGGUAUACCGGUAAACACUGUGAAACUGACGUCGAUGACUGCGCUAACCACACAUGUGCUAAUGGUGCGACGUGUGUAGAUGGCGCAAACAAUUUUUCGUGCAAGUGCAUACCUGGGUAUUCUGGUGAACGCUGUGAAACUGCUAUCAUCAUGCAUUCUACAUCAGCGUCCACUUCUAACCAAGCCAGAAGUACUGUAUUGUCCACGUAUCUGACGACGAGUUCUAUUCCGGAAUCCAGUGCAAUGCAUCAAAUACGCACCACCUCUACGGUUAAAGAUACCACAAUGUUGUCUUCACUUAUUAAAGAUAUUCCCACAAUCGAAGCCCGUGAAAAAACUACUACACCUGGGCCGACAACGGAUGACCCCGAAACGGCGAUUACACUUGAAAUGCAUAUUGAAAGCUCUUGGAAUGAAGCCCUUAAAGACGAAACCAGUACAGCUUUCAAAGAUUUAGCCUUGAUCAUUGAAAAUGAGAUAGCAAAACAGUAUUCUGAAGUCAACGAUUUCAUCGGAGUACAAGUCUUAGCAUUCAGGCGCGGAAGUGUUGUGGUCGAAUUUAAGUUGUUAUUCAAGGAGAAAGUUACAGAUGAAACAGCGGUAGCUCCGUUGAAAAAGGCCGUGGAUAAUGGCAAUCUUGGUCCUUUGGCUGUUAAUCCCGCAUCCUUAAGAAUCGUCAAGGAAGAUGAAGAUCCAACAGAGGAUUCAAAAGAGAAGCUACCCUAUCCACUCAUCAUUGGUGCCUCUUGUGCCGGGAUAGCUGUCCUCGUGUUCAUCAGCAUUUAUCUCGUCCACCGCCACCAACGUUAUAAGGAACGUAGCCGCAAAUGGUCUUCCAGCGUGAUGCCUUCAGAUGUUUCCUUCCCUGACCGAGAGAAAUACGAGCUAAAAGAAGUGCAUUGUAAAGAGGACAUUAUCAGCUACGAGGAGUUAGGCGUCUGGAAAAACGCUGAUAGUAACGAUAAGUUCCACUUUUCCAAUGGAGCCGUCCGUUACCAUGAAGUAGGCAGCCAUAAUAUGGCAGCUGACUAUCAGGAAAUGGGCAACCCGAAUGAUGUUAGCUACCAUCAGUAAAUCGGAAUGGCAGGGGAUCCUGAGUUUUGUGUCUUCAAAUAGGACAGGGAUUAGUGAAAA